UACGGUGGGCCUAGUGGUCGGGGCAGCCUGGGCUACUUCUCUACCGCCUGAGCUCCAGGGGGAGGCCGAGGGAGGGCCCAAGGGAGGGACCCAGCCCCGGCCUCCGCGGAAAGCGCUUUGUUGCCACAAGUGGCAGCCAUGGUCCCUUUGCAGGAGGCUCCCCAGAAAGCAGGCACAGACCUUUCGAACUCAACUCAUGAUUUUGGGGCAGAUGACAUACGGAAUCUAAUUCAUUUACUUGAGUCUACAGAGGAUCCCGCCAUUCAGGAGCAAGUCCUGAUUACGCUGAGCAACAGCGCUGCGUUUUCUGUAAAUCAAGAUAUCAUUCGAAAUUUAGGUGGCCUCUCGGUUGUUGGGAAAAUGCUUUCAGUUCCUCUCGAUAGCGUUAAAGAGAAAGCACUGAAUGCUCUUAAUAACUUGAGUAUGAAUAUUAAAAAUCAAGAAGUGAUAAAGAUAUAUAUUGCCAAGGUCUGUGGGGUAACCUAUUUAGCUCCCUUGAACUCUGAACUGCAGCUAGCUGGCCUUCGACUUUUAACCAACAUGUCUGUUACCAAUAACUAUCACUACAUGAUGACUAGCUCCAUACCAGACUUUCUCCAUUUGCUUUCAGGAGGAAAUGAAAGAACACAGGUUCAGGUUCUAAAACUGCUUGUGAAUUUAUCAGCAAACCCAGAUAUGACAGAACAUCUCCUGAAUGCUCAGGCACCUUUUCUAUUAUCCCUGUGUGAUAGCUGUACAAACAAAGAUGUUUUGCUCCGGGUCCUGGUGUUCAUCACAAACUUGACAAAGCAUAUGAAAAAGGACAAAAGUACUGUUCACUCUGAAUACAAUGAAGAUUCAGUUUUUUCUGUUCUUUGGGGGAAUUCUACACUUUGUGCUCAAAAACUGGCAUACUUAUUACAUCAUCAUGACACUGAAGUCAGAGAACAAGUUGCAGAACUAAUAAUGCAACAAUGCUGACAUUGGAGGUUAAAUUCUGAAAGCCUCUCUUCAAAUUCUGGAAAUUCUAUAUGAAAGGUUUAGAUCGAAAUUCAGGCUUCAUUUAAACCAAUUAAAAGGUUUUUUCCAGUUGGAAAAUCGUCUCCUGCAGACUUCACACAUGCCCUGAACAUGGCUUUUUGAUGAAUAUGUCAUGUGCUUCUGUGAGAAUCUGUACCAAAAUUACAGAAGUGACCAAGGCCUACUGAAACCAGAGAAUGUGUAGUUGAGACUGCUACUUAUCUAAUCUUCACAAGGUUGUCUGGAUCAGAAAUAGACAAUUAUUGAGACUGUUAUUCAUCUAAUCUUUCCAGGGUUGACUGUCUGGAUCAGAAACAAGCAGUUUAAGUCCUUCAGCCUACAUUUGGUCCUCCAGACACUAUUCUAAAAAAUAAAGAUCAUUACCCAAAAACAAAACCUGA